CUUCACCUGCUCAGUGCAGAGAAGAGGAAAGAGGGAAGGGUGUGUGUGUCUCCAUUUGCUUGAGUUGGUGGGUGUACUCAGAACUGGAGGGUGUGCUGGGGUGUGUCACUCCGGGUGUGCCUGUGAAUUUGCGUGUGAUUCCUCCUUUGUGUCCUGCAGGGCUGGUUCUUGUGCUGAAACACCACAAUGGUGCUGCCCACAAACUGGUGUGUUAUUUCACCAACUGGGCCUUUAGUCGGCCCAGCCCUGCUUCCAUCCUGCCCCGGGACCUGGACCCCUUUCUCUGCACCCACCUGGUAUUUGCCUUUGCCUCAAUGAACAACAAUCAGAUUGUUCCUAAGGAUCCCCAGGAUGAGAAAAUCCUCUAUCCAGAGUUCAACAAGCUCAAGGAGAGGAACAGGGAGCUGAAAACACUGCUGUCCAUCGGGGGGUGGAACUUCGGCACAUCGAGGUUCACCACGAUGCUGUCCACAUUCGCCAACCGGCAGAAUUUUGUCAAUUCAGUGAUAGCCCUCCUGAGGACACAUGGCUUUGAUGGUCUGGACCUCUUCUUCUUGUACCCUGGACUCAGAGGCAGCCCCAGGCAUGACCGCUGGACCUUUGUCUUCUUACUUGAAGAGCUCCUGCUUGCUUUCAGGAAGGAGGCGCGGCUCACCGUGCGUCCAAGGCUGCUGCUGUCCGCUGCUGUCUCUGGGGAUCCCCGUGUCAUCCAAAAAGCGUAUGAUGUGCACCUCCUGGGAAGACUACUGGAUUUCAUCAGCGUCUUGUCUUAUGACUUACAUGGAAGCUGGGAAAAGUUCACAGGACACAAUAGCCCGCUGUUCUCUGUGCCCAAGGACCCUAAAUCUUCGGCAUAUGCCAUGAACUACUGGCGGAAGCUUGGGGCAGCACCUGAGAAGCUCCUUAUGGGGCUCCCCACCUAUGGACGUACUUUUCGCCUCCUCAAAGCCUCUAAGAAUGAGUUGUGGGCAGAAGCUGUGGGACCGGCAUCUCCAGGGAAGUACACCAAGCAAGCUGGCUUCUUGGCUUAUUAUGAGAUUUGCUCCUUCAUCUGGAGAGCGAAGAAGCGCUGGAUUGAUGAUCAGUAUGUCCCAUAUGCCUACAAGGGGAAGGAGUGGGUUGGCUAUGAUGAUGCCGUCAGCUUCAGUUACAAGGCGUUUUUCAUAAUGAGAGAGCAUUUUGGGGGGGCCAUGGUGUGGACAUUGGACCUGGAUGACGUCAGGGGCACUUUCUGUGGAACUGGCCCUUUCCCCCUUGUCUACACAUUGAAUAAUCUCCUGGUGAAGGCUGAGUUCAGCUCAACUCCUCCACCAAAAUUUUGGCUCUCAACUGCUGUGAAUUCUUCGAGAAUUGGCCCAGAAAGGCUGACUGUGAUCAAGGAUUUGACCACUGAUUUGGGGAUCUUGCCCCCAGGAGGGGAGGCUGUGGCCACCGAGACCCACAGAAAGUCUGAAACUAUGACCACAGUCCCCAGAGGUGGGCUUGUGACCCCUACAAGGGAAACUCUGUCCUUUGGAAAACACCCCCUAGCUGCAGAAUGGAAGACUGAAACCCCUGGAGAGGAGACCAUCACCCCUGUGGGCCACCAGGCUGUGACCCCUGGAGGGGUAACUGUGGCUCCUAUGCAUCUUCAGACUGGAGAGAAAAUCAUGCCCCCAAGAAGGAAGGCUGAAGCCCCUGAGAAUAUGACCAUCCCCUCAGGAAAGAUGACAGUCACCCCUGCUGGGCAGACUGAGACUCUUGAAGAGAAUUUGACUUCUGAGGUGGACCCUGAACCCCUGGUGGGUUACUUUAGUCUUCACACAGAAGCUGAAAACUGGAUGCUGCUCUCUGGUCCUGUCAUCUCGCCCCCAGGACACACUCCUCUUGCUUUUGACAAGCCCUUUGUUCCCAGAUGGAAUCAUUCCUCUGAUGACUCAGUAACCCUUCCAGUGAGUCCUCUCUCUCUAAAGAAGGAAAAUCCAGAAAACUGCUGUGGACCGAGGAUCCUAAGAUCUGUUGUUGGCAGAAACUGGGGAAAGUCCUUGCCUUUUCUUCUCGGUCCCCUGACCAAAGCUGCCUGUGCCCAGCCAUUCAUAAACCAUUCUUGGGGCAAAGCAGGCCCCAGGCCACACUGAGUUAAUCUCUCUUCUGUUGAAUAAACUGGAAGCAUAAG